AUGCCCCGAACCUGGUUCGAUGAAGUGGUCCGGGGAGGCUUACAAUCCUUUAAUUCGUUUUUUACAUCUAGUCCCGGUCCUGCUGGCCCAGACAAGAAUCCGACACCUCGCACCCACUCCGAUGCCUCUGCCUCGCAUUCUCAUAGGGCUCAGAUGCCCCAAUACGGAUCUAAACGAUACCUUACCAGGAACGUGAGAAGAUUUGUGGAAGAUAAUGACAAUGAGCCCUGGGAUCCAAUCGAAAUUGAAAGUGACGAAGACCCGCCAGCGAAUUCAAGAGACCAAAUAACAAGAUCCACCUUCGGUAUACAAGAGGCUCCUCGGCGGUACGUGGCCAUCCACGGAAAAGAGACCCAGACGUCAGAAUCAAGAGACGAGGCCAGACUUCUCGGUGGGUUAACCAGACGUGAUCCUGGCGCCGUCUCCAUAGAGGACCCAAUGAAAAGAAUAUUCACGUCUCGCUACAAGCCACACGACACACUGAGCUCUGCACGUCCAGGAACACGAUCAGAACAUAUUCUACAUCGGACUCAACCAUUACGAACCCCUGCCCAUCCGCAUACUAAUUCUCAGUCUACUGGGAAUGAUUUUCUUAUGGACGAUUCGCCCGAUGAACUUCAGCUCAGUCCAAUACCAGCCCCUGAAGAGAACAGUUUGAAAGAUCGAACUCGCUCCAAACCUGACCAUGAAGAGCAUAGCUUGCUUCCGAGAGCGAGCACCCGGAACAGCAUGAUCUUCAGACCAGAGAGAUCCAUUUCCGACCGUCCUUCUCCAGAGGAUGAAGGCGACUUUACGAAGGUCUCAGCAAAACAGAGAAAGGCUGAAAGGGACAAAAUGUUUAGAAAUUCUUCUCCGGCACCAUCAAAUCACCUCUCAGCCGGCAGAAUUUCCUCUCCUUACUUCAGUCGAGCCGGGACUCCGUCGGAAACGCAACGUCAAAAACAAAGGCAGAGUCGCAUGGAAGCCCUCACACAGGAGAGCCCUGAUGCCCUUCAUGUCGAUGAUACCUCAACGUCUCAGCCACAACCUGUCGAAUCUGGAAAGUCUCUGGUUGAAGUGUCAACGAGAGAUCUGAGACACGUGCACACUGGGAACGAUCACAGCACAGGAAUCACCAAACCGGAAAAAUGGGCCCACAAGAAAACAUCUAAGUCUCGGAGUACUUUCAAACUGGAAGAUAUUAGAUACCCCGGCCCGACUUGCCACUCAAUGUAUGUCUUGGAGGUGGAUAGUGAGAGGAAAGAAAUUUCGAUCAAUACCGAAUCGCAGAUGUUAGGAAAUGAACCUGUCAUGGAAUCUCGACCAAUAACAAAGAUCCAACACGUUCAGUUUGGUACUGACGACAGUCCCCUGGUAAGACUUCAAUUUUCUCGACGCGAAAAUGCACGGGAACACUUUGAGGAUACAAUGAACCUGAGGUUCGGCUCGCACAAGGACGCGUACAACUUCGUGACCCUCUUACGAAAUUUGGUGGUCACUCUAAAGGUCACCGACAAAAAACCAAGCUGGAUGGAGGCGGCAUUUGCAAACUUCAAAACCGGUGCUCAUAACGCCAAUGCCGAGCCGAGCCGUCCUGAUGAUCUCCGAGCUGAACGACGUGCUUCCCCUUCCACGCCGUUGGAGUCAGCAAAAGCGUAUACUGGCGAGAAACGCAUUCGUCAGGUUGAUAAGCUCGAUGGACCAUCUCUCACGCUCCAGGCACCUACCACAAUAUCAGGUGCAGAUCGGUCUAGCCUUCAGGAAAUGGAUGCACCCCUCCAGCACAUCAACAACAACGAACCGGCGCCACAAUCCAAGCCCCGUGAGAAGCCACUGGAUCAGUCUCUUCAGCUCCGGCGGGCAACUCGAUCACAGGACAAUAAAGAAGCACGUAUGAAUGGAGGGCUGCAGAGUCAUGAUCAACCAAAAAUAAAGAUAUCAGAAACGGGGAUAUUGGGGAAGCCAUGGACAAGAGAUCUGGUGUAUCCGAAACCUGGCAAGAGAUCUGCAACGGUCCCAUUUGAAGAUCUCAGACGACUCGACGAUGAUGAAUUUCUCAACGACAACCUCAUAUCCUUUUUCAUGCAAUACCUGGAAACGCAUAUGGAGAAGAACAAGUCAGACUUGUACAGGAGAAUGUACUUCUUCAAUACCUACUUCUACGAAGCGCUCACCAAAAACUGCAAAGGCAAGAAAGGCAUUAAUUACGAUGCUGUGAAUCGAUGGACAAAGAAUAUCAACAUCUUCAACCGAGAUUUUGUGAUUGUUCCCGUUAACGAGAACUUUCACUGGUACCUUGCCAUCAUUUGCAAUCUGUCAUAUUUUUUACCAAAGCCUGACGAAGAAGAUGAAGAUCAAGUUGAUCCAAAUAUUCAGGCUACUGAAGAUGUCGAAUCCACUGAUCAGCGAAUGGAAGAAAUCGAAAAGCAAGCUGAAGCAUCGACUGAAGAUACUCAGAGGUCACUGGCUGAGCUGUCAAUUGGUGACAACGAGAAGAACGACACCUCUACGUCCACGGCUCAGCCUAAGAAGGGGCCGCGUCGACGCAAAGCUGUUCGUAGAUCACUCCCAAAGUACGAAACAAACAAACCAGUCAUUAUCACCCUCGACUCUUUAGGCUCAUCUCGUUCUGCUACAUGCUCGCUCCUCAAACAAUAUGUGGCCUCAGAAGCCAAAGACAAGCAAAAUUUGGACAUUAAUCUGGCUGAUCUGAGGGGUAUGACGGCAAAAGGAAUUCCAACCCAGAGUAAUUUCAGCGAUUGUGGCCUCUAUCUCUGCCUGUACUUGGAGCAAUUUGUGACAGACCCGUACAAGUUUGUUGCCAGGAUCCUUCAACGAGAAGAAAGUGCCCAGCAAUGGCCUCAAAGAAUUAGGAGUGGACAUUUGAGAGCAAGAUUGCGCGACUUGAUAUUGGAACUACAUCGGCGACAAGAGAAGGAGUUAUCUAAUAUGGAUCUACCGGAGGCCGGGAGCAUCUUGAUCGAACAGACAAGAGCUUCCCCCGAAUCGCCCCCUCGACGCAAAUCAGCUACCAAGCAAGACAUCGAGGAAGCGAGACUCAGAUUUGAACGUGUUGCCAGAGAAUACAAUCGGAACUUCGAAGAUCCUCCGGCAAAGGUGGCAGGACUGACUGACUCGACGCGAAAACCCUCUGCUAUAGACAGAAAUAUAUCAGUCGAUUCUCCUAUGGAUAAACCUGUUUUAGGCGUUGACCGAGACAAAAAAGAGGACGACCCCAUCAUCAUCUCGGAAGGAGAGGCGCGAAGCCCGUCUCUUUCGAAAAAGCUAUCUCCAUACCAGCCUCCUCCCAGAGCAACUAAAAUUGAUUCAAAAUCUGCUGCCCACGUCAGAGCAUCUCUGCCCACCAGCCACCAGGUCGCCGCGUCGAGAUCUAAAUUUCCUCCGCAUUCCUCACCAGGCGAACUAGCAGCCCAAAUGCGCCGCGGGAACGACGAAUACGAAUCCAAUAAGAGACGUCGAAUAGAUCAGCGCGGCAGCCACUCUGACAGGAGGAGGUCCAGAUCCCCGAGUGCAUCUACCGAUUUUCUAUCUGGAUUGCGCAGCUACUCGAGAAUCUCGCCUAACUUGCCACCACCGAGGUUCAACGACGAUUCAGACUGUGGAAAUGUGGAUGGAGACACGAGUAUCAAGAGAGUAAGAGACAGCCCCGGGCCACAAGUUGUUGCGGAAUGCCAGGCCACAGGUGACGAAGCAAUGCAUGGGCUGCGCAAGCGAAAGAGACGAAUGGGAAUUUCGCCAGAGAAGCGACCGGAUGACUUUUGGGCUGAAUUCGAUUUCAAUGCCGAGAUCCCUGAGACACAGGAGUCGACGAAUAUGGAGCGAAAUGAUGGACUUGACGCUUUCCUUGCUCAGGCGGCCGAUAGAGACUUUGAAGUCUAUGAAGAUUCAGAUGCGGACCCGGUCCCAGAAGUAGUAGCACGAAACUCCACACGUGGGCAUAACAAGGAUGAUGAUGAGAUGCUCCUUCACUGA